AUGGCUCUCCCAAACGCAACACCUCCCCUCCUACUGACGAAGCGCCUUAACGCUUUCCUCCACGCCAACCAAACACCUCAACUUCCCACGCUCCUCCUCACCACCUACCACGGCAAACUCCUCGCGCACACAAGCCCCCACCCCGUGUCUGUCCUGCGAACGCACGCAACCGUCGCGGCAUCCCUCCUCGCCAUUCACACGUCGUCCUCCGUGGACGUUCCCUCCGCGCUCCCCGGCUCGCGGACCCCCGAUCCUAUCACCAGCUCUCCCGUCCUCGGGCCCGAACACUCAGACAAUGACGACGUAGCGCCUCACGACAUGUCCGCGUCCAGCAAGGCCGCUGCACGAAGAAGAGCCGCCAAGUCGGUCAAACCCGUCACCAUUACAGUCCAGCUUAGCGGUGGGACCGUCAUCAUCCGCCGCCUUAAAUGCGGCUUGUUGUUCGUGUGUGUUGGUCCUUCGGCGCAUGAUCUCCAGCCCGAUGCGCACUUGCAGGAGAACGGCGACACCGUCGGUAGCCCGAGCGAGGUGGAAAGCCUGGUCAGUGCAGGGGGUCAAACGACGUCCAGCUUAGAUAGCCUGGGUGCUGCGUCGGUCGUGGCGAUGAGGAGACAUGCGGGGGAUUUAGCUCGCUGGCUGGAUGAUAAGUUAGGCACUUUGCGGGUUCCAGAGGAGGGUGUCGGGUCGAGUGAGUGA